AUGACGAGAACAACUUCAAUUUCUGUUAUUGAGGGUCCUGCUAUACUCAAGCAUAGUGGAGAUCGCUUUUCAUCAAAUAAAUGCAUGCUGCCAGCAGUUUGGAUGAGAUCUGGUACAUCGAAGGGUCUCUUCAUCCACAAAAAAGAUCUCCCGUCGUCACCAGAGCUCUGGGAGCCAAUAUUACUCUCAGUCAUGGGCUCCGCAGGUGUGAACGCACGGCAAAUUGAUGGAGUGGGAGGCGCUACCUCUACUACCUCCAAGGUAGCUGUUAUUGCGAGCUCCCAGCGCCCAGGCAUCGACAUUGAGUACACGUUUGUCCAAGUGGCCCCAGACCAGGCCAAAAUAGAUAUGACCGGGAACUGUGGAAACAUUGCUUCUGGUGUUGGGCCAUUUGCACUCGACGAAAAUAUUGUGAGGGCAGCUCCGGGAAAAGAGGAGAUUGAUAUUCGAAUCCUGAACACCAACACCGGGCAGACCAUUGUGGAAACCAUUAAAGUGACCCCCGAUGGCAGGUUCCGAGAGGAUGGAGAAUGUCGUAUUCCUGGUGUUUAUGGCACAUCUAGUCCAAUUAAGGUCGCUUUCAUGGACCCUGCAGGUAGCAUGACUGGUCGGAUGUUUCCCAGUGGACAGCAGCAGGAAAUUCUGACCGUUUGGUCUCGCUCACUGGGGAAAUUUGACGUGAGAGUUAGUCUGGUAGACGCCGCAAAUCCUUUUGUUUUUGUGGAUGCAUCAUCAAUAUGCAUCAAAGACCACCCGUCUUGGCCUGAUCCAAAUGAUACAUCUUUUGUGUCUGUUGUCGAAGAGAUUCGUCUUGCAGGAGCUGUUCAAUUUGGACUGGCUCCAGACCUAGAAACCGCGAGUCAAGUCCGCGGGACUCCAAAAAUUGCAUUUUUGUCAGCAGCGGAAAAUGAUGACGAUGCUGAUAUUCAGGUGCUCGCGUUCACUAUGGGAAAGCCUCAUGGAAGUCUUCAGUUGACGGGCGCAGUAUGCCUUGGCGCGGCAAUGUCGAUUCAUGGAACGGUCGCGUGGCACUUGGCAAGCGCAAAAAGGAACGACAGAGUGCCGAAGCAUGGGAUGUCUGUCGGGGGUCAUGAGCUUGCGUCCCCAUUGCCAAUGGGUAUUCGGCAUCCCGCUGGUGUAAUUCAAGCAGAGACAAUUCUGAGGGUAGCAAAGGAUGGCCAGGUUCACGUGGAUAAAGUGGCAGUCUUUCGAACGGCUCGCAGGCUUUUUGAGGGUAAUGUAUUUUACAGAGCAUAG